GCAGAAUGCAGUGGCUUAAAUUAUUUAUUUACUUAAUUUCCAUACUAAUAUUAACAGCUGAAGCCAAGUUUGAACGUGAUCCUAAUGGAUAUAUCACCUAUUGUCCUUGUAUGGGACGCUUUGGCAACCAGGCUGACCACUUUUUGGGAUCUUUGGCAUUUGCCAAGGCUUUGAAUCGAACCCUAAUACUGCCUCCUUGGGUUGAGUACCGCAAAGGUGAAAUGCGCUCCCGACAAGUGUCAUUCGAGACCUACUUUGAGGUGGAACCUCUGCGGGAGUAUCAUCGCGUCAUUCUCAUGUCCGACUUCAUGUCUCACUUGGCUGAUGACGUGUGGCCUGCAUCGGAGCGUGUGUCCUUCUGUUACAUGGAACGCAAGAGCUUGCAGCAGGAGAAAAACGAUCCGGACGCUCCAAACUGUCAUGCAAAGGAUGGCAAUCCGUUUGGGCCAUUCUGGGACACCUACAAUAUUGAUUUUGUGGCAUCAGAGUUCUAUGGCCCACUGCAUUUCGAUGUGCAUCACAGCACCAUAGCAACCAAGUGGCAAAACAACUAUAGCGCCGAUAAAUGGCCAGUUCUGGCAUUCACCGGCGCACCAGCCAGUUUCCCCGUGCAGCUAGAGAAUCGCGAGCUGCAGAAGUACUUAAAGUGGAACCGAAAGUAUAGGGAAGGGACUCGUGAAUUCAUACGAAACGUUUUGCCGCGUGGCGCCUUCAUUGGGCUGCAUCUUCGAAAUGGCAUUGAUUGGGUGCGAGCCUGUGAUCACAUCAAGGACAGCCAGCAACUGUUCGCUUCUCCCCAGUGUCUGGGCUACAAGAAUGAGCGCGGUCAACUGUAUCCUGAGCUGUGUAUGCCCACCAAGGAGGCGAUUGUGCGUCAGCUUAAGCGCACCAUCAAAAAUGUACGACAAACGCAGCCGAAGAACGAGGUCAAAUCCGUGUUCGUGGCAUCCGAUGCGAAUCAUAUGAUUGGCGAACUCACAUCCGCCCUCAGUCGCAUGGACAUAAGUGUUCACAAGUUGCCCGAGGAUGAUCCUUAUCUGGACUUGGCCAUAUUGGGACAAUCGAAUCACUUUAUUGGCAACUGCAUUUCCUCCUACAGCGCUUUUGUUAAACGUGAGCGGGACUCUCAUGGAUUUCCCUCAUAUUUCUGGUCUUUCCCCAAGGAAAAAGAUCGCCAGCAGACCAAGGUGCAUGAGGAACUUUAAAGCAUCACGAAUAUCUCUAACAAUUCUUAUACAAUCUGACACGUAACCGUAGCAUUAGCAAUUUAUAGAUAUUACUAAGCUAGAAAGAAAUUAAGAUGACACUAGUAUUUAUCAAAUUAUAUACACUACAUUCGAUUUUACUUAGAAAUUUAUUCAAGCUUGGUUUUCCACGCAUUUCCUCAAAUAAUAAUUUAAUAUAUAAACUUU